UCCCAGACUUUUGUAAGUGGUAAUUGAAAUUUCUUUAAAACAAGGAGGGGUUAAAAUGGAAAAGAGAAUAAAAUGGAGGGUUGAAAGUUGAAUUAAAGGAAAUCUCAUAUUAAACCUAUUAUAAACUCUCUUUCCUAGGUAAGCGUGAAGAUAAAAAAAAACCCUAAUUUCUUUUCCUUUCUUUCCUCUUUCUUCUUCCUGUCAUGUUUCACCAUGGGCAAACAUGACAAGUCGGCCGUCCAGCCAUUUUUGGCGCCACCACUGGUCCCAAACGAAGCAUCAAACUGGUGAUAACAUAGUCCCAUCAUCCACCACCAUUAACGGCCUCUACUUUCAUUGGAAUUGCAACUUGAAGCCACGGACAACCUACACUUUGGGAGCCUGAUCCGGCCACCUCCGACAUCUUCUUGGCAAACAAACUCCGCCAAUGGACUCACUGGAGCAAGGAGCACGUAGGCCAGCCAAGUUCCGGUAGAAACAAUCACCGAAAGUUGCCAACCCUCGUUUGACACGGUUUUUUCCGACUCGUUGACCUGGAGAUUGAGGAGUCGAAGUAGACGUUAUAGAUGUGCAUUUGAUUUGCACUGCAAUCGAGUACUCUCACUGAUCUGUAUAUGCUCAUCCAAAGAGUCUGCUGGACUUCCAUAUGCGAGGAUCCUAACCACUGUGGUGAUCUUUUGAAGAGCAGAGAGCCCUAGAACUCCAGCUGCAUUCCAUCUUUGGAUAAAAUAUGCAUCAUUUGCUACCACAACAUUUGCAAUAUGGAGAAAAAUAUUUCAACUCAUUCGAAAUCUUCUCCUGAAUAGACCUUCGUGGUAAACAGGAUCUGGCUUGAAAUAGUCAUUCCACAAUCUGGAGUGACUGUCAACAUGAUUGCAUUGAACAAUUCUAUGGCCUGGAAUGGAACCACGGUGGCCAGUUCGUCUCCUCCCAUUUGCUUCUUGAUUAUCUGUCUCUCGUGCAUUAAAAAGCUGCUCCAACUUAUCUUUAGAGUCGGACUCGAAGGCAAGGAAUUCCCUCAAAAUCUCAGAACUAACAUUUGGGUGAUCCAUGGAGAAGUUUCAAGUUUGUGAUAAGAUUUCUAUGUAAAAUACACAUUGAUUUGACACAAAGUGAUGAAUGAAGGCUACACAUAUUUAUAGAAUAAUUAAAAAAAUAAAAAAUAGUGAUAAAUUAAAUGGAAACUAAUUUUACAUAUUCAUUGUUGGAAUGAGAUUCCAUUAAAAUACGCAUAUGGGUUUGUAUAGCAAUAUUAAAGUAUGCUAAUACCCAUUUUUAUAACUCUUGUUGUACAAGCCCUUGUAAUCUAGAAUCCAAAUCUCUUCCCAUGUGGAUUCUCAUCACCCUAUGUGAGCGCGUCGACUACAAACUUCAGCCCAGCCCGCAUCAAGUUUUUGAUUCAAAUUGUCACUGACACCGAUUCACUACUGCAUCAUCUUCCGCAAUGGCUGAUGAAGCUACCAGAACCGCAUUUUUUGAGAUCCAAGGUCGCAUGAUCGAAGCCACUAGCAAGCUGAAACAGGUGCUGAACCAGAUGCGGAGCAAAGAGGGAGAGAAGAAGCGUGCUUUCUUAACCUUGGAGGAAUUAUGCCAGUUACCUGAAGACACAAAUACAUACCCUCUCUUGUUGACCAGGUUUGUUUUGGAGCCCAAGUCGGUUUUAAUUGGCGAACAAGAGCCGAAACUCAACGAUAGUGAAGCUGCAUUGGCCUCGUUGCAGGUCUCAAAUCAAUAUGUGGAAAAGUGGAAAGCAGAGGUCAAAAACAACUUGAGGGAGCUUUUGCAACAAGAUUUCUUAAUCCAAGAAAUUUGGGACUUGAAAUAG